AUGAUUAAUAGUCUUAAAAGCCAAACCAGAUUCGCUCGCACUGAUGACGAUGGAUACUUCUUCACCAGAGACACAGAAGCGUUGCUCCCAGGAAACGUCUUUGAAGGUGCAGCAUCGAACUGUAUCACACCGGAAGUGUUCGCUAAAGAUUUUAGCCUAUUUGAUUCUGAAGAAGAGCAGGCUUGAUUUCCUGCUGUAAAGGGACCAGAGCCACCCAUUUCAACAAGAGCUUCGGUGGGUGGAGAAGACCUCUAUGAUUAUCAAGUUAGAAAGCUUGAAGGCGAUUUGAAUUUUUUGUGCAUCUCUGAAGCUUCCAAGGAUUCUCAGAGAAAUGAAUUUAAAUCAGCUAAAAAUUCUGGAGAUAAUAAGGAGGACAUAAGUUGCAACCAAGCCAAUGCUCAGUCUGCCUCUGGCUCUAGUAGCUCUUCUCGUAGAAGAACCAAGGCAUCCUCCUCAGGAAGAAGUGAUAUUGAGUUCAAGGCAGCUCUGAGACUUCUCAAAAGAUUUUUUUAAAAUAUCUUCAAGUCAAAGAAUUAUAAAAUUGUUAGAAAAAGGUAUAUUAACUGAGAUAUGCAAGAAGUCCAAUCCCAGAUGAAAACACUACUUUGUGAGUUCUUCCCCCAAGAAGAACUCACAGAAGAGCUUGUGAACUACACCAUUGGUGUUGUUAACCCCAAGUGGGGAUCAAGACUUGAUUGAAGUAAAGAAACUCAAGAUGAAAUUUCCAAGUUCCAUACAUGUUGUGAGGCAUUUUCAAGGAAGAAAUUUAGCGCUCUUCUCGAAUCUCGAAAUUUCAGAGUUCUGUGUAGUCAUCUGACCCAGAAAUGGGAUGAUCCCCGCAUUAGAAUAAUCAAGCAAGAGUUUGAGCAAAGUUUAGCUUAAUAGAGGAAGAACAGGAAGCAUUCACUAAUCUAAUUUUAAUAAACUUUACUCA